AACCAACCUACUUCUUUCUCUCUCCUCUCUCUUAUUGAUAAAACUCCCCCAACCCCAAUGCUCCUCUCGCUCCUGUGAUGAAGCCAAUGGCCACCAAUGGCAUGCCGCCCUCCUUCUUCCCCGCAAACUUCCUCCUCCAAAUGCAGCAGCCCUUCCCUCACCACCACCCCCAGCAGCAGCAAGAGCACCAUCACGAUGACCACGAGCUCCAUCUCCUGGCUCCCCCUCCUCCCUCCCUCAACGCCUUCCUCCACGACUUCGGCGGCGCCAUGGCAGCGCCGCCCCCGCCAAUGCUGGCCGGCGGCAUCGGCAAGCCGCCCAUGUACCUUUCCGACGGCGUGGACGACGACGACCUCCACCACGCCCCGGGGACGGACGGCGCGCACCUGCAGGGGCAGGACGGGGCGGCGUCCGACGACGACGACGAGGGGUCCGCCGCGGCGGGCGGCGGGUGCGGCGGGGAGCGGAAGCGCCGCCUGAGCGUGGAGCAGGUGCGUACACUGGAGCGGAGCUUCGAGGUGGCGAACAAGCUGGAGCCGGAGCGGAAGGCGCAGCUGGCGCGCGCGCUAGGGCUGCAGCCCCGGCAGGUAGCCAUCUGGUUCCAGAACCGGCGCGCGCGCUGGAAGACGAAGCAGCUGGAGAAGGACUACGACGCGCUCCGCCGCCAGUUCGACGCCGCGCGCGCCGAGAACGACGCGCUCCUCGCCCACAACAAGAAGCUCCACGCCGAGAUCAUGGCGCUCAAGGGAGGAGGGAGGCAGGAGGCGGCGUCGGAGCUGAUCAACCUCAACGUCAAGGAGACGGAGGCAUCCUGCAGCAACCGCAGCGAGAACAGCUCCGAGAUCAACCUCGACAUCUCCAGGCCUGCGCCGGCGCCGGCGCCCGCCGCGGAUGAGAGCCACAACCACCGCGGUCUCCCGUUCUACGCCUCCGCCGUCGACCAGCUCCUGCAGCACGGCCACCCGUCCCAGCCCAAGGUGGAGCUCGGGCACGGCACCACGGCUGCGGACACGGCCGCGACGGCGGGUGGCAGCUUCGGCAGCCUGCUGUGCGGCACCGUCGUCGACGAGCAGCCACCGGCGUUCUGGCCAUGGGCCGACGGCCACCACAACUUCCACUGAUCGCGUCCGCAAGAAUCAAUACAAUGCGAUGCACGUUAUGUAUGAUCAGACAUUCAGAGUGAACGAUCACUGAGUCCGGAGGAGAUCAGUGGCACUAUGAGGAAUUCUUGAACAAAUUAAAGAUUGCGAUUACUUAAAUUUGCGCAUGAUUGAUUGAUCAGAGACUCGAUCGAGAACCAUUUGAGUUGAAAUCAGGAUUGAAUGGGAGUAAGUCACGAGUGAUUAGGGUUGGAUGGAUCGGUGUAGGUAGAUUUUGGAGUUGACUAGUGAUUAAGUUUUUUUUUUAUUUUUACCUCAAUCCUUUUUUUUGCUGUUUUAUAAUCAUAUAUAAAGGAUUACAUUUGUGAUCGAUUAUUAUGUAUAGGAUUAUGAUAGUAUCACUGGACUCUUGUGGAGUAGGAGCAGUACGGUGGUGUGCGGUUGGUGUUUGGCAUGUGGACCUCACCUGCUUAGAGCCUACGAAACAGACAGCUUGUACAGACAGACUGUUGUGCUAGCUGUGCCCAUUUGAUCUUUUUUUAAGAUAAAAGAAAAGGUGUCGGUCUCUC